CUCUUUAAGGCAGGAAUGUCCUCACCAUCCUGUUCGGUACUGGAGAGGGAGAUCUUCCAGUACAUUGACGUACAUCAAAGUGAUUUCAUUGAGGAUCUUAAGGAAUGGGUGGCAGUGGAAAGCGAUUCUGUUCAACCGGAUCUGAGGAAAGAAGUAAUACGAAUGAUGGCAUUGGCAGCAGACAAACUUACAGCACUGGGAGCCACUGUUAAUUUAGUAAACUUGGGGUUACACCAGUUACCUGAUGGCCAGGACCUCCCACUGCCUCCUGUGAUUCUGGGAGAACUGGGGAAGGAUCCACAAAACCCCACUGUAUGUUUCUAUGGCCAUGUAGAUGUGCAGCCUGCCAAAAAGGAAGAUGGCUGGAAAACUGACCCUUAUACACUGACUGAAAUCAAUGGAAAUCUCUAUGGGCGUGGAGCAACAGAUAAUAAAGGGCCUGUCUUAGCUUGGAUAAAUGCAGUGGAGACAUUUAAAGCCUUGAAAUUAGCCAUGCCAGUAAACUUCAAGUUUGUAAUUGAAGGCAUGGAGGAAGCAGGGUCCUUGGGGCUAGAAAAAAUACUUCAAGAAGAAAAACAGUGCUUUUUCUCUGAUGUUGAUUAUAUUGUGAUUUCGGACAACCUCUGGCUCAGCAACAAGAAGCCUGCCCUUACAUAUGGGAGUCGGGGAAAUGCCUGCUUCUUUGUGGAGGUUGAAUGUGGUGACAAGGACCUUCACUCUGGAACUUUUGGAGGCAUCAUUCAUGAACCACUGACGGACCUGAUAGCUCUGCUGGACAGCCUUGUGGAUCCCACAGGUCGUAUUCAGAUCCCUGGAAUCUACGACAGCAUCGCUGCCCUGACAGAGGAGGAGAUGAAAUUGUAUGAAUCGAUUGAAUUUGAUCUAGAGGAACAUAAAAAUAAUAGUGGAGUGAAAAAAUUCCUCUAUGACACCAAGGAAGAAAUACUUCUACACCUGUGGUGUUACCCUUCUCUCUCUAUUCAUGGGAUUGAAGGAGCUUUUCAUGAACCAGGAAUUAAAACUGUCAUUCCGGCAAAAGUCAUUGGCAAAUUCUCAAUCCGUCAGGUCCCCCACAUGGACCUUUCAGUUGUGAAACAACAGGUUGUGGAGCACUUGGAGGGUGUAUUUUCCAAGAGGAACAGUCCAAACAAACUGAAAGUGUCCAUGCCUUUGGGUGCAAAGCCCUGGCUUGCUGAUGUUAAUGAGCCAGUAUAUAAAGCAGCAAGAAGGGCAAUAAAAACAGUUUUUGGAGAAGAUCCAGAUUUUAUACAGGAUGGCUCAACAAUUCCUGUUGCCAGAAUGUUUCAAACUAUAACACAGAAAAGUGUGAUGAUGUUUCCAAUCGGAGCAGCUGAUGAUGGGGAGCACUCCCAGAAUGAGAAAAUAAGCAGACACAACUACAUUGAAGGAACCAAAGUGUUUGCAGCCUUUUUCCUGGAGAUAUCAAAGCUACACCAGCACUUAGCUGAAACUUCCAACAUGGUGGCUAACAACUGA